AUGUGCCUCAACGCGGAGGGGUUUGGACUGGAAACGGAUUACGUCGACUGCAGUAUCGUCGACUUGUCAUUCUGGAGCCAUGUCGUUGGCCAGUGUCAUCUCAACAAGCGCGGCUGGGUUCUACAAGAGCGUUUGCUUUCACCACGUGUUCUUCACUUUGGCCGCGAUCAACUCUUCUGGGAAUGUCGAGAGCAAGUGGCGGCCGAGUGUUAUCCAGAGAAGAUGCCAGAAAUCUUGGAAAACAGCGUUCCGACAAAGUUCAAGAGACUCAGUAAAGUUUCUUACGGCCCCGAUGCGAUGUCACAAGAGAGAGAGCCUGAUGACCCCAACUUCUACUACCGGAUUUGGGAUUUAAUCGCGAGGGCGUAUGGUAGCACUCGCUUGACCAUGGCCUCUGACAAGUUGUUGGCCCUUUCAGGUAUAGCUCAGCAUUUCGAAACUCUCAUUGACGACACCUAUGUCGUUGGGAUGUGGCGGAAGCACCUAGCCAGCAAUCUGCUUUGGCACGUUGAUAAGGAGACUCAGGUCGACGGUUCUCCAUCUAUCCGACCCGAGUUGUACAGAGCCCCAUCGUUUUCUUGGGCCUCAGUCGAUGGUAAGAUCAUAACGGGGCCCCUGGUUGAUCACUCGAAACUACUCAUAGACGUGGAAGACGUCCAGAUCGAGUACGUGUCAGAAAACAAAACGGGCCUAGUGAAAGGAGGCCAUAUCGACCUUAGAUGCUGUGUGCUGCCAUUCAAGAUGUUCGUGAAGUCCAUCGGCCAACGUCGGUUUCUUUCUCUGGAAGUCAACGGUAUCAUUGUGAUGGCUUCGAGGAAAGAUCCACAACGGGAAAUUGGGCCCCUGAUACAUAUGGACGUUGGCCAGAAAGCCUUCGACGACGAAAACGUCACGGGAUCGCUUUACUACGUUGUCGCACAGAAGCAGGGUAAACCCGAUGGCUUUGUGAGGUGUCUUCUGCUGAUGGCCAUAGAUGAGGAGAGGAAAGCCUACAAGAGGAUUGGGCUGGCAGUAACGGAUGAUGCAGAAGAGAUUGAGAUACUGCAGAAGGGAGCUCAUGUCGCCGAUAAAAAUACAUCGACCAAUGGUGGCCUUGAUGGAGUCAGAACCAUACGAAUCAUCUGA